UCGAGACGCCGCCGCCGGAAAACGUAACGUGUUUUAUCGAUUUACGUCGGGCGGCCAUGUUCGCGCGUUCACCACCACUAGUCAGGCGCACUCGGCACGUCGUCGUCGCCGUCCUCGUCGUCGUCGUCGACGAGUGAUCGUCGUGGCAGGAUAGAUUUUCAUCCCCUUUAAUCGUUCACCGCCAUCGUCGCGGACGACGUAGCGUGCGAUGCAUCUGUAAAACAUUGAGAGAGUGAUCAAAUCUGUCCCGUACAUUUUUUUCGCCUCUGUUGUUCGAGCUUUCGAACGCGAGAAAUCCGUCAAGUAGUUAUAGCCGAGUCGAGGCCGCCGUCGAGUAACGCCCAGGAGUGGAAAUAGCUCGAAGAAAGAAGAGAGAUAGAGAGAGAAAGAGGGUGCAUAUAGAACCCAUUGAAACAGCUUCCGUAUCAAAAUGCCAUCGUUGGUCAAAAGAGACGUGAACGCCGCUGAGGCGCGUAACGAGGAAGUUAGCGAUGCCGGUAUCACCGAUUCCAACAUAAUUUUCACUACAGAAAUUGAGGAAAGGGCUGGAACAGAUGAAGCCAUUACCGAAAGUACGACGAAAUCGUUGAAGGAUAAAGUGGUGGAUCUCGAGGAAAAGCUCGCGCAUGAUAUGGGGAUACCUCCUUGGGGUCUUGUUGCUAUUUUAAUAGGAGUAGGCGUAAUCGUUCUCGGAAUUUGCUUCUGCUGUAUACGAAGAUGCUGUCGCAAGAGACGCUCCAAAGAUGGCAAGAAGGGACUGAAGGGCGCAGUAGAUCUAAAGUCCGUGCAGCUUCUGGGCAGCACGUACAAAGACAAGGUACAGCCGGAUAUGGAAGAAUUGACGGACAAUGCCGAGGAACCGGACGAAGCUGAAAGUAAGCAGAGCGAAGUUAAACUCGGAAAGCUACAAUACAAGCUCGAAUACGAUUUUAAUUCAAACAGUCUCGCCGUGACAGUAAUCCAGGCUGAAGAAUUGCCGGCAUUGGACAUGGGCGGCACAUCAGAUCCAUACGUAAAAGUAUAUUUAUUGCCAGAUAAGAAGAAAAAGUUUGAGACAAAAGUUCACAGAAAGACGCUGAAUCCGGUCUUCAACGAGACUUUCACCUUUAAGAGCGUUCCUUAUGCCGAUGCUAUGAACAAGACUCUGGUUUUCGCUAUCUUCGACUUUGAUAGAUUUUCGAAACACGAUCAAAUCGGAGAAGUUAAAGUGCCGCUCUGUCAAAUCGACUUGGCGCAGACGAUCGAGGAGUGGAGAGAAUUACAGAGUGUUGAAGGCGAGGGUGGACAGGAUAACAAGUUGGGAGACAUAUGCUUCUCAUUGAGAUACGUACCAACGGCUGGAAAACUCACGGUGGUUAUUCUGGAGGCCAAGAACCUGAAGAAGAUGGAUGUUGGUGGCCUCUCGGAUCCUUAUGUUAAAAUCGCGUUGAUGCAGAAUGGGAAGAGAUUGAAGAAGAAGAAAACGUCGAUCAAGAAGUGCACUCUUAAUCCGUAUUACAACGAAUCAUUCACCUUUGAAGUACCUUUUGAGCAGAUACAGAAAGUACAACUUGUCGUCACUGUAGUCGAUUACGAUCGCAUCGGCACAUCAGAACCGAUCGGAAAGGUGGUCCUGGGAUAUAACGCGAGCGGAACGGAAUUGAGACACUGGUCUGACAUGCUGGCGUCUCCCAGGCGCCCGAUCGCCCAAUGGCAUACGCUAAAAGACCCCGAAGACGGAGAUAAGAAGGAUUAAGAACGUUGACUUUUCAGUUAAGAAUGAAAUUCUCUUAUACGCGGGAAGGAAGAGGAAGGGGGAUACGCCAUUAAAAAGGUAUUCUCGGAGUCCUUUUCCCGUAUCUCUCAACUCUCAAUGUUUCGAAAUUAAUUCGGUGAUAUAUCCAUCUGUAUAUUUAUCCUAUUAACGAGAGCUGUGUUACGGAAAUCCAAGUUUAUCUUCAUCAGCAUUUACUUCCGGAAAUGAUGGAAGCGUAAAGAUGAGAAUACACGUCAAGAUUUUAGUAUGAGAUGAUUUUAAAAUAUUAAUUUUUUAAACAUUUUUUUUGCACUUUUUGUAUAAUUUAUAUGUUUAAAUAGCUCUUAAAAUAAUUAAAAUUAUUAGUUCUUAAAAUAAUUACAUCCAUAGCGAGGAUUCUUAACUUUCCAUUUUUUUUUCAUCGCGUCAAUCAUUUAGUUUUAUAUCUUUGGUGAGAUUUUUGCAGUUCUAACGAUAUGAUAUGUCUUGUUCUCAUCGCUACGUUUCAAUUCGAAGCAUAAGAUCGAGUGAGAAAACUGAAAAUUCACGCGUGUAAUAGGCCGCUAAUAUUAUCAGCCGUUUGAAAGGAUAUUUUCACUUUGCGAAUUAUAAUCGCCGAUCAGAGGUUCCUUCUCGUCGGCGAUCGGAAUCCAAACAACACAACGCAUUAAUUAUCACAACGCGCAUAUUUAAGAACCCAUUAAUCUGAUCGCCGAGUGAUUAGAGAGAGAGAGAAGGUAGAGUGUAGAAUAGCGGUGUGUAAAGAUAUCUUUUAGUCUCAUAGCAUGUCUUGUAGUAGGCCUUGAAAGAGAAUUUUCCCCCCAAACUUUUCACCUUCGAGAUUGCAAUGGUCGCCGGUCCAUCGCGCGAUAUUCGCGACAAUUGCAAGAUCGUGAUCGUGAAGGACCUCCCUUACUUGCGCGUUACUCGGGUUUGGUUCUAUCGUUUAUCCAGGACCAAUUAUCGAAUUAAACGAUAAUGUAUCGGUAUAUAGCAUGUGCCAUGGCACGCUAUUACUCAGCAGCAUUGUACUUAAAAUACUUUAAUGAGAAUUCACGAAUUAAUAUAUAUUGUUGAAAAAUGAUUGAAUGGCGUCGACUGGGGACAACAACUGCAGUAUUAAUUUAUCCGGUCGAUGAUUGCGAAAUCAUCAAUCCGUCAUUACGAAAGAGAGGGAGAUAAAAGAGAAAACAGAGGAAGAAAAUUGUAACAUUUUUUACAUCGGUCCCUGAAUCGAAAGUAUUCAAUUCUUUUUUUCGCGAAAAAAUAAAUGUCUUCUUUCAAUUUUAUUACUAUUAUUAUUAAUAUGAUCGGGUGCAAAUACACGUUUCAAUGUCUUUCCCCUUCACUUGUGAAAUAAUCGUAUUAGAAAAUGAUUUUCACCAUUGACAACCUGGUCGGCGCCAUCGCUCGCGAGUUAAAAAUUUAGCUAGAGAUAGAUCCGGUCUCUUCGGCUGCGCUUCUUUUUGCACUUUCCGUAUUUAAAAUAAGACAGAUCUGUAUUCAUGUUACACGAAGAAGGGAUUAAAAAAAGAGAGAGACAACAAGCGUGCUGUCGAAGAGAACGGAAUUGGUAUAAGGAGAACCAUGUACGUCCUAUAUGUACAAUGUCGCCCGCUAUUGACACCAUUGAUAUCGAUUAUCUCAUCCCAUCUACCAUUUACGAGUAACAUAUUUAAUUAGAGGCAGUAAAAUAAAACGCGUCGAUUGUCGUGAUUGAAAUAAUAGAAGGUAAAUGUAAUAUGCGCACCGUGAUAUAAUAGAUUGUACGUGUGAAUAUUCUGGAUCGUGCAGAAGGAAAGUUGCGAUCUGUCCGAGCAGGCUCGUAGAGAGAACGAAACGAAAAUAAAGAGAUGUACACAC